AUGGCUUCGGGCAUGGGGACUAUGGAACUAGAUGCUCGCGUAGAUGAUCGUCAUCAUCGAGAGCGUCUCGUAGACCUCCGCGUAAUUGGCGACACGCGUGUGAAUAAGAGAGUCAUUCUCAACGCCGAAACAAAGGACAAGGAUGGGCAGAACGGAGAUGCCAAAACAGCUGAUUUUGCCCUUCCCAAUGAAGAAGCAGACGACGAACCACCCUUACCUCCACAGUUCCCUGACGAGGAUGAUUUCGACGCUUUUAUUUGCUACAAGGAUGCGCCUGCGUCAAAUGCCACGAAUGAAAAUGUCACGGCAGAAGUUACUGAGGAACCCAAGGACGAUACACCAACAACCAAUUCUAGGAAACGAAAACCUGAAGAUAAUUCAAACGAUGAGCCUGACGCCAAGCGAUCCAAGGAGGAAACGUCAACAGAGGUCCCGACAGACCCUGAGUUGAAAUCUACCAAGUCCUCAAAGCCCAAGCACGAGACCCUCCCAGCCAGUUGGCCCUCUGGCACGUUUUCCCUUUUCCUCAAAGAAGAUUUCCGCGACUACCUCUGCCGCUGCCCAUCCUGUUUCCCCAAUCUGAUCCCACACCCCCAACUCCGCGAGGAGGAGGACACAUACGAGCCCCCGCUUUCCAAAGAUGGGGACAACCCCAACGGCGCUGGCAGCCAUCAUACAGGGAGCCUUCUGGAUCGCGGAGAGGCGGCGUUAAGUAACAUAGACCGUGUACGUGCAAUUGAGGGGGUGAUGGUGUACAACCAUUUAAAGGACAAGGUGAAAGAGUUCUUGAAGCCAUUUGCGGAGAGUGGUCAGCCUGUUGGGGCUGAGGAUAUUAAGGCUUAUUUUGAGAAGUUGAGAGGUGAUGAUCAGGGGAUUAGGGAGGCUGGGGUGGCGGUGGAGGCGUCUGGGUCUGGGCCUGGAUCGCGUAAGGACGGUGGAAGUGGCGGUGAUGCUGGUGACGGUCGGAGGGAGCAGAGUGGUGAGUUUCCCGUUCCAUGA